GAGGAAAAAAACUCCGCAUCAGUUACUGAUAGAAGCAUCACUCUAAGCAAAGAAAAGGGUGAUCGCCAUCUCAACACGUUUUCGCAGAAAAGCUUGGUUCUCUCUUCACCUUCUCCACCUAAUUAGACUCCCGCUGCUGUUUGUCUUCUAGGGUUUGGCCUCGUCUGGUUACUUUCUUCUUCUUCUUCUUCUUCUUCAGGGUGCAUUUCCGAUCGGAGUUCUGCUUGGAUAUUUAAAGCAGCGUUCCACUUCACUUUGACAUUUUCUCAGUACGGAGUAGUAAUUGAGGAUUAAUCACUGUCGGCGAAGCUGUCUUGAAGAAUUAAUCUUCAUGUUCCGGGGCUGGACUUGAAUUGUUUGAGCUGGACUUUUUUCUCCCCCCUUUUACUCGAUCAUGUCCUGCUCCGCUUUCUUAGGAGAGAUCCAAUUCGGUUUUGGAAUUCAUCCUAUUCGUCCAUAUCUGCUUACAAAGUCGUUUGCUUCGUAAGGAAUUUAAGGAGACCUUUUGUUCUUUGAAUUGCUUUUGUGAAGGGGAAAAAAAGCGAUCAACUUUUGUAUCCAAUUAUCAGAGCCGGAUCGUCUUGUUCUCUUAAAAAUAUUUCCUUGAAGGGAAGUGGGUUAAUAGCAUGGCACAAGUUGAUGUGGACUCUGAGACUACUUCUAGAAUGGCAUCUGGUAGUAUACUGGAGAAUGGGGAACUUUUGAGUUGGGAGGCUAAUGGAAAUCCUAACAGGGAUGAUGAAGAAUCCCCAUAUAGGAAUUUACGCUUUCCUACAGAGGGAAGUCUUGCCAUGGAUGAAGAUCCAAAUAGUCCCACCUCUCAUUUGUUUUCAUUCGCUCCAACUGCUGCUGAAUCAAAGUGGAGUGACACCAGCUCAUAUGCCACAAAAAAGAAGGUAUAUUCUUGGUUUCAACUUUCCAAUGGGAACUGGGAGCUUGCAUCGAUAAUUUCCACCUCUGGAACUGAAUCAGUGAUAUCAUUGCCUGAGGGAAAAGUUCUAAAAGUAAAAUCUGAAAAUCUGCUACCGUCAAAUCCUGAUAUUCUUGAUGGGGUUGAUGAUCUAAUGCAACUAAGCUUUCUAAAUGAACCGUCAGUUUUGAACAAUCUUCAAUAUCGCUACAGCAGAGAUAUGAUAUAUACAAAAGCUGGACCAGUUCUUGUUGCCAUUAAUCCAUUUAAGAAAGUUCCAUUAUAUGGGAACAAUCACAUUGAGUCAUAUAGGCGUAAAUCAAUUGACAGCCCACAUGUGUAUGCCCUCACUGAUAAUGCAAUGAGGGAAAUGGUGCGAGAUGAAGUAAAUCAGUCUAUCAUUAUAAGUGGGGAAAGUGGAGCAGGAAAAACAGAGACAGCAAAGAUUGUAAUGCAAUACUUGGCUGCACUUGGUGGAGGAAGUGGAAUAGAGUAUGAAAUUCUGAAAACAAAUCCCAUCCUGGAAGCCUUUGGUAACGCAAAAACAUUGAUGAAUGAUAACUCAAGUCGAUUUGGAAAACUGAUUGAAAUCCACUUUAGCCAGACAGGAAAGAUAUCAGGGGCAAAUAUUCAAACCUGUAAGGUCACAUCCCAUAUAGGUUCUUGAGAUGAAUUUUCUAAUUACUUUGAUGAUGAUAUGACAAUUAACAUAUGUGAUGCAUCUUUUUCUGGUCUGCAAAUGCUGCUCUUUAUUUUCGUAGUUCUACUGGAAAAGGUAUUCGUUUUCUUCCUUUGUUAUAAAUGGUCUACUCAUUUGUCUCUUAUGCAAAUAACUUUUAACUUGUUAUUUGCAGUCAAGGGUUGUACAGUGUGCAGAGGGAGAACGGUCAUAUCACAUCUUUUAUCAACUUUGUGCAGGAGCACCACCUGCCCUCAGAGAAAAGUUACAUUUGAAGGGAUUAAAUGAAUAUAAUUAUUUGAGACAAGGCAAUUGUUACUCCAUAUCUGGGGUUGAUGAUGCUGAACAGUUUCGAGUUGUAGUGGAAGCUCUUGAUGUUGUCCACAUUAGCAAGGAGAACCAGGAGAGUGUAUUCUCAAUGCUAGCAGCUGUCUUGUGGCUAGGGAACAUAUCUUUUACAGUUAUUGACAAUGAGAACCAUGUCGAACCUGUUGUUGAUGAAGGACUAUCUUGUGUUGCUUCUUUACUGGGAUGUGACGUUGAAGCAUUAAAGCUGGCUUUAUCAACUCGAAAGAUGAGGGUUGGAAAUGAUAAUAUAGUUCAAAAGCUUUCUCUAACUCAGGCCAUUGACACCAGAGAUGCCCUUGCGAAGUCAAUUUUCUCUUGUUUAUUUGACUGGUUGGUCGAACAAAUUAACAAGUCACUUGCAGUUGGGAAACGUCGAACGGGGAGGUCUAUUAGUAUUCUUGAUAUUUAUGGUUUUGAAUCAUUUGAGAGGAAUAGCUUUGAGCAGUUCUGUAUUAAUUAUGCUAAUGAAAGGUUGCAGCAGCACUUUAAUCGACACUUGUUCAAGUUGGAACAAGAGGUUACAUCCUUUUCUUAUAUGCCUUGUAUUCAAUGGAUGCCAUUCCAGCUUAAUCUGACAUGCUGUUUCCUAGAAUAUCUUGCUCGAUAUCCUACUUUUGGCAAUUUUCAAGGAGAUAUAAUGGAAACACUGCAGAGAGUUUUCUUUUGGGGUGGGGUUUAGAGGUCAUAGUGAACAUUAGUGGAACCAGAAACAAGAGCAGCAUCCGGAAGCAUAGUCUGAAAAGAACUUUUGUUUAUUUUCUAUAUGAGCUGUUUUGAUCGAAUCAUGGAGGAGGUUGUCUCUUGCUUUCUUAGUAAAUAUAUGGUUAAGUAUCCAAUAAAAAAAUCGCAAAUAAGUGUGCAAACCAGAUGGAAUUUCAUCAUAUUUACACUGUGCUUAAUCCAUAUCUUCAACAUGAGAAAUUGAGAAUAUAAUCCUGGAGCUUUAUCAGUUCCUCUGGUUGUGUUGCACUCACAUUUGUUGUAUGCAGAAGUGUUCUUAGUCUUAAGCAGAAUUUAGAUUCUUAGACAACACUCUACGGCCUAUGCUGAGGUGCAUUCUC